AUGGUGUGCCUCUCUAGGCCAGGUGCUUCACAAAACAAAAUGGUGUCCAAACUUGAUGGCGAUCACCUAUUCACAAGAUGGCGCAUCGAGUUGGCCUCACAGACAGCUCUCCUGCUUGACGACGGAAUCGUGACACGUCCCAAAACAUCAGAGACAUCAUCCAGCCGUGAACUUCCUUCCUUCCUUCCGGCACGCACGCACGCACGUAUGUUCCCGUGAUCCCGUCUGUACCCAUCGAGUCGAGACACAAAAAACUUACCGCUCCCCGUUGACCAGGAGAGGAGAACUCCGCUCGGGACGGACGCGAUCCCCCCUGCGCGCCAUGGCCGGUUCCCGUCGCGCCCUCCGCUUCGUCCUGCUCCUGCCGGCCAUCCUCGGCGCCCUCCUGCCGCCGGCCGCCGCGGGGCCGCCCAAGGUGUCCCUGGCGCUCUACUACGAGUCGCUCUGCCCCUACUGCUCGCGCUUCAUCGUCACCCGCCUCGCCGGGAUCUUCGACAGCGGCCUCAUCCACGCCGUCGACCUCCUGCUCGUCCCCUACGGCAACGCCCACGUCCACGGCGCCAACAACACCAUCUCCUGCCAGCAUGGCCCCGAUGAAUGCCUUCUGAACAACGUGGAGGCUUGUGCCAUCGACGCCUGGCCAGAUUUGAAUGUGCAUUUCGGUUUCAUCAACUGCGUGGAGGACCUGGUGAUGAACCGCAAGCGCGAGGAAUGGGAGUCGUGCUUCCAGAAACAGGGGCUUGACCCCAAGCCUGUCAUGGAGUGCUACAACAGUGAUCAAGGCCACAAGCUUUCGCUCAAGUAUGGGAAACAGACUGAUGCGCUUGUGCCCCCGCACAAGUACGUUCCAUGGGUGGUGGUUGAUGGCCAGCCGCUGUACGAGGACUACGAGAACUUCGAAGCUUACGUCUGCAAGGCGUACAAGGGCCAUCCUCCCAAGAUUUGCCAAGGGCUGGGCCGUGACUACCCAAUCGUACAACAGGUGGUGGAGGCUGGCAACGGUGUCACCUACAACUCCGGCGAUUUCGAGCUGGAUGAAGGGGGCGACGACAAGAUUAAGAUGGUGCAGGGUGAUGACAAUUGAUAGAUUGUAUGUCUCCUUUCGGGGAUCCUAUACCGAUAUACAUGAACAUAGGGCUGUUUCAUCUGUCUGUUCAGGUUAAUUAUGAUGUAAGUUAUAAAAGAAAAGGUUAAUUAUGAUGUACAUCGGUAAUAAAGUGAUUUAUGGUGAUGUAAA